CCUAAAUUGUGAACGUCAAUCUUUACCUUUACUCUGGCCCCUUAACCCAAGUCUCAAAAGCAAGAUGCUUUGCCCCUCUAAACGUCGUCCGAAAGUUUCCUCUGCAAAUUCUUUAAUUUUACUUUUCUUUUCGGAACAUUAUAUCUGUGAAAAAGAAGAAAAACAACGAAAAAAACCAUUAGUGGGUCUGCUCUUACUUUAUACAAACAACCACAAGACUUAAGGAAAAUCCUGAAUGACUGAUUUAAUAUAUCGAACUGCUUUAAAAGCAAUGAGAAAAUUUCUUGAGUUGGACUCUGAAUUUCGCUUCAACAAACAGCUUUGAAAGUAAUGAGAAAAUGUCUGAGUUCAAUCAUGCCAAUACCGAAUCAAAUCGGUGUGGAGAAUCCAGCAAUCCCUCCUCCUAGAUAUAACAGAACAGGACAGCUGCAUGGAAACACCUGGAGGCCCCAGAGAAGGCUCUGCCUGGACGAUUUAGAACGUAAUGGCUCCCAACUUACCCAUCCCUAUGUUAGGGAUGGCCGACAGUUUGGGGUGCCCUGCAAUUGGGAUGGCACUGUACCAAAAAUUGGGAGUAAUAGGAAUGGAGGAAAUUGGUGCCUGAAAGCAUGAAAAUUGAAGGAUUGGAUGAAGUAGCAUGUGAGAUUGAUGAUGAUGAUCAUACCCAUUUUGAUAAAAGGGCAUAUAAGCUUGGUACAGUUUCUGACGAGCAGUGGAGGGUACUGAAGGCCAUCUCUCAGGGGAAGUCUGUGUUUGUGACCGGAUGUGCAGGCACUGGCAAGAGUUACUUGCUUAAGUUUGCAGUAAGUGUACUUGUUGAAUUGCAUGGUCCUUCCUCUGUUUUUGUGACUGCAUCAAGUGGGAUUGCUGCAUGUGAACUUAAGGGUAGAACGUUGCAUUCUUUUGCUGGGGUCGAGUUAGGGGAGGAACCUGCAACAAAAUUGGCAGACAAUGUUGGAAACAGUCCAGUGGCCUUGAAAAGGUGGAUGUCUGCAAAGGCCUUAAUAAUUGACGAGAUAAGUAUGAUAGAUGGCGAGCUUUCGGGAAAAAAUAGAAUAUGUAGCCAGGAAAAUAAGAGGAACCAAUCAAGUGUUUGGUGGGUUGCAGCUGGUUGUCAGUGGGGACUUCUUUCAACUCCCACCGGUGAAACACAAGGACCGUAGCAUAAAGUUUGCUUUUGAGGCACACUGCUGGAAAAAGUGCUUUGAUAAACAAGUAGAGUUGAAACAAGUCUUUAGGCAAGCGGAUUGUGAGUUUGCAAGCAUGCUGAAAGAAGUUCGAAGGGCUAAUUGCAGUGCUAGGACCAUUUCAAAGCUAAAUAGUUGCAUAAGACCCCCUAUUUGGCCUCAUAACAAUGGUAUAGCCCCAACAAGACUCUUCCCUAGAAAGAAGGAAGCACAAAAAUGUAAUGAUAGAGAAUUGAUGGCCUUGAACAAUGAAAUCAUUCUUUUUAGAGUGAGGGAUGAUGGACUUGGGAAGUUGCUGCUAAAUGGUGGAUUGGCCCCUGGCGAACUGUAUCUUUGUGAAGGUGCCCAAGUGAUGCUGAUAAGGAAUAUAGAUGUUGAGGUAGGACUUGUGAACGGUGCAAGGGGAUUAGUUGUAGGAUUCACUUACAGAGAGAUGGAGGAUCGAUUGGAUAUUAGUCCAAAAGGUCUUUGGCCAGUGGUACGAUUUCAUUGCCUCAGGGAAAAUAUGGUUGUAAAAACCAGUGGUAUGGGAGGUGUUUGAGAAUGGUGGUGUGGUGGCUAGUAGGAUGCAAGUCCCUCUUAUCCUGGCGUGGGCAGUAAGUGUGCAUAAAUGCCAGCGAAUGACAUUGGAUAGAGUUGAAACUGAUCUAUCCAGGGCAUUUGAAUGUGGAAUGCUUUAUGUGGCCCUUUCUCGCAUAAAAAGUCUUGAAGGACUUCGAUUAACUGGCUUUGAUCCACGGAAAAUCAAAGCACAUCCUAAGGUUUUUACUUUCUAUGAAAGAUUUACAGUGCAGGAGGUCAACCAUAGUGAUAAUAUAGCUGCCAGAAGUUUGACAUAGUGGGAAUAGAAGAUCUUAUAUCUGAGUCAUAAAUUGUUUCCGAAUUUAACUCAGAUUUGUCUAGCAUAGUCAUGUUAUAUAUUUUUUUUAAUUCAGUAUCUUUUGAUGAUGGAUAAUGAAAUGUGACUCAAAACGUUGGUGUUAAUCAAAUCUAACACAGUUAAAUUCAAAAGAAAUUCAUGACUAUUUUAUAGA